GAUACAGCCCCGCCUCCUCGGGCUACCAGCGAGAAACGGAGUAUCAGCUUCGCCUCGCCCCUAAAGAGGGUGGCGCCACGGCUGAGAGAGCUUUUGCGCAUGCGGAUUAUGCCAGAGUUUCUAGUCGGCGCUUGUCCCGCCGCGGGCUCCAGGAUUUUUUUGGGAGGAGAAGAAGGAGGAGGGGCGGGGUUAGGCCUCUGGGAGCUACUUUUUCUCUCGUGUGUUGCCGCUGGGAAGGAAUUGGACUGUGAGGCUUCUCAGUACUACUCCCUACCCCGGUAGAAGGGGGGACUGGAACCAUGGCCAUGACUGGCCCAGCACCUUGCUCAUCUAUGAGCAACCAUACUAAGGAGCGAGUUACAAUGACAAAAGUGACAUUAGAAAACUUCUACAGUAAUCUCAUUGCACAGCAUGAAGAACGGGAAAUGAGACAAAAGAAGCUAGAAAAAGUGAUGGAAGAAGAAGGCUUAAAAGAUGAAGAGAAAAGAAUGAGAAGGUCAGCACAUGCCCGAAAGGAAACAGAGUUUCUGCGACUAAAACGAACAAGACUUGGGUUGGAAGAUUUUGAUUCUUUAAAAGUAAUUGGCAGAGGAGCAUUUGGAGAGGUACGUCUUGUUCAGAAGAAAGAUACAGGUCAUGUAUAUGCAAUGAAAAUACUACGCAAAGCAGAUAUGCUUGAAAAAGAGCAGGUUGGCCAUAUUCGAGCAGAGCGUGACAUUCUAGUGGAGGCAGACAGUUUGUGGGUUGUAAAAAUGUUCUAUAGCUUUCAGGAUAAGCUAAAUCUGUAUUUAAUCAUGGAGUUUUUGCCUGGAGGUGAUAUGAUGACAUUAUUGAUGAAAAAAGAUACCCUAACAGAAGAAGAGACUCAGUUUUAUAUAGCAGAGACUGUGCUAGCUAUAGACUCAAUUCAUCAGCUGGGUUUUAUUCAUCGUGAUAUCAAGCCAGAUAAUCUUCUCUUAGACAGUAAGGGCCAUGUGAAACUGUCAGACUUUGGUCUCUGCACUGGACUUAAGAAAGCACAUAGAACGGAGUUCUACAGAAAUUUGAGCCACAAUCUCCCCAGUGACUUCACUUUUCAGAAUAUGAACUCCAAAAGGAAAGCAGAAACUUGGAAAAGAAACAGACGGCAGUUGGCCUUCUCUACUGUGGGAACUCCAGAUUAUAUUGCUCCAGAGGUGUUUUUGCAGACAGGCUACAAUAAGCUUUGUGAUUGGUGGUCACUUGGAGUAAUCAUGUAUGAGAUGUUAAUUGGUUACCCUCCUUUCUGUUCAGACACUCCUCAAGAAACAUACAAGAAAGUGAUGAAUUGGAAAGAAACGCUAAUAUUCCCUCCAGAAGUUCCAAUCUCUGAAAGAGCCAAGGAUCUUAUUCUAAGAUUUUGCUGUGAAUGGGAUCACCGAAUUGGUGCUUCAGGUGUUGAAGAAAUCAAAACAAACCCCUUUUUUGAAGGGGUUGACUGGGAGCAUAUCAGGGAGAGACCAGCUGCAAUAUCCAUAGAAAUCAAAAGUAUUGAUGAUACUUCAAACUUCGAUGAAUUUCCAGAGUCUGAUAUCCUUAAACCAGCAGUGACUACAAGUAAUCAUCCAGAGACAGAUUACAAGAAUAAAGACUGGGUCUUUAUCAAUUAUACCUACAAGCGUUUUGAAGGUCUGACAGCUCGAGGGGCAAUACCAUCCUACAUGAAAGCAGGAAAGUAGUGGCUCUCAACAGAACUAUUCUUGAACCUUCAUUCUUGCCUGUCAUCACAGGAUUUUUUUCCUAUCCUUCAAAAACUUUACUUGAGGGCUGUGAACUCUUGAGAAGAGUGCAAGAAAACAACAUCUUGUGCACUGUUUACAUUAAUUACAUUAAAAUGGAUUUAUCUUUGGAAAACUUCCACAAGUGGCACUUGUGAGCCUGCCUUUGCCGAUUUUAUUGCAGACAUGGGUUGUUCUGGCUUUAGUUAAAAUCCUUAAGACUGUUACUUCAAGGAGGAGAGUGCAAGCUUUUAUUUACUAACAUUGUAAAGCAUAGCAUAAUUGUGAUUCGUUUUUUGUAUUUUCUACCUUACAAGUACUUUGUAAAGGUAUAGCACAAUUCUAAGGGCUAAGAUAUAGAUGAAACAGAGCAAUAACAAGUAUGAGGUAGACCAAAUUCUCAGUAGCUUAUCCUGUUGGAGGGCAAAACCUGUAUUGCCUUAAAGGUUACUCUAGUGUGCUAAAUACUUGGUUCAAUAGCCUUUUGGAUAGCUUUUUUUUCCCAACCCAACAAUGGCCUCAAAACCUGCUGCACUUUACUGUUGGUACUAAAAUAGUGAUCCUAAAGUAUUGCGCUUAAAAAAACCCACAGAAUUUUGGAACUUUAUGUUUUUUAUAAGCAAUGUCAAGAGAGCCUCAGGUGAUUCCUCAUAAGAUUUAUGUAUCUGCUUUCUACUUGGUAGAGAGAAAGAAAUCACUGUUAAUAACUGUGUUAGCAUUCCAUGGCUAAGACUGCAAAGGUGUCCUGUUUUUCCAGAUUCUUUCCCUCCUUUCCACCUCUAAGUCUUUGACUAAUGAAACGUAGGAAGUUGCUUCAAGCAAAGCAUUGUAACAUGUAAGGUUUUAGCUAGUAGCAUGAGAUACUUUGAAGCUUCAUCCUUCUGAAGCUUGGAUGCAGAGAGCCUUAAAGUGCUUUUGGGAUACUUCCUAUAGAGCGCUUCUAAGGUAAUGGGCAUUAUAGUAAUUGGACUUGAUUGUUCAAAGUUUCUGUUUGGUGUAGUUCUACACCUUGAACUCGCUUGGUGCCAUUAGGUGGCACAGACACUCUUUCAAUGUUCAGAUUCUUAAGGUGAUCAGCCCCCUACCUUUCCAGUAUCUGACAUAAUUUAGUAUCUCUAAUGUAAUUCACCAUUACUACUUGCUGCCUUGUUCAGAUAACUAUCUUAUUCAGAUAACUAUAUAGAAUGAUUUGUUCCAAACAGUGGUAAGUUUCAGGGUGGGGAGAUAGGUAAUUGUGCAGGAGGAGACCUAGUAUAUCUGGGAAUCAAAAAUGAAGGAAAGCCAGAGGAUGAGGCCUAAAAAUGGUGGCUUGCAGCAGUCCAAGUACAUCAGGAUCUUUUACUGGGCAAUUUAAUAAAAACAUUUAAGUUUUCAUUUAAUAAGGUGCUCUGGCAGUUUUAUUUGUUGAUGCACAAGUAGGCUAAAAACAGCUGAAGCUCUUGGUUCUCGCACAGAAUUAGGGACCAGGAUCAAUUGUAAAUUAGGAGGCUGUUGUCAAUUACUAUGCUUUUAGAAGAUCUGACAAAGGCUGCAAUGAUAUUUCAAUAACAGAUAUCUUAGCCAUUCUCACUGAAUAUAUAUAUAUAUAUAUAUAUAUAUAUAUAUAUAUAUAUAUAUAUAUAUAUAUAUAUAUAUGAUUCAGUGGUUCACCUGGCCACUGAUGAUUCAUCUGUCAUUAACCCACUCGAGUUCAUGGGAUUUAUUUCCCAAAAUAUUAAAACUGUUUUAGUAGCCAUUGAACUAUCAAGAGUGGUUUGUUCUCCAAGAUGCACUGCCCCACACACCCUUUCCCCAAGCAAUCUUAUCUGGGAUUUCCCCCCUUUCCCCCCUGUCUUUCUUGGUAUCCCCUAAAUCUUGAGAAAUCCUACCACUUAACUAGUUUCGUUGAUGUGGGACUACACAGAAGCUUCAGUGAGAAGGUCACUAAUGAAAAAGUUUGCAUUUAGGCUUUGUCCAAGAAAUGUAUCUAGAGAGAGGCUACAGGGGAGUAACUCUUGUUCCUGCUUUAAUAUAUCCUCUGUGCCUAGUUUGUAAUUAUUGCUGUGUUCCAAUGACGUGUCUCACACAUGGUGGGGCUAGAGUUUUGCUUACUUGCUAGAUAAUGAUGGUUUAAAGUUAUAUUUCUGGUGCUUGCUGAAUGUUGAAAAUAUGUAGCAUAUGGUGCUUAUAAAGCCUUUUUUUAAAAAGCUGUAGAAGACCUCAGGUUAACCUGAUUGCCUAGAGAGCUGCCCAGCCAAUAACUUGCACAAAAGGGAAGAAAACAAGAUUGUUGAAUGCCUCUUCUUUAAUGUGCCCUUUUGCAUUAUGACCAUUUAGCAAAGCAUUUCUGUGCCACAGUGUGACAAGAUUUUGAGUGCAAGCGUAUGUACAUGAGUAAACUGAAUUACAAUAUCAGGUGUAAUUUUUUUUGUCUUAUAAAUAUCAGGAAUUUUUGAAGACUUCCUUUGUGUGUUGUAAUGAGAAUGAAUAUAACAUAUUGUUAUAAGUGAGGUCUAAUCCUUGGUCCUGUAGUCUCUGCACCAGCCAAGAUCAUAGCUGACUUGCCAGAGGUCAUCCAGCAUGCUUAAUUAACACCACCAGUACGGUGAGUGAAGGCUACCCACAAAUAAGGAUAGUGUGCAUGAACAAGCUUUUGAAAUAAGACUUGAGGAUCUGGGAGCUUGUAACAUCGGUGUGUGAACCAUUUUCUUUUUAAAAAACAACCAUUUUGCCCUCGCAUAAAAACAUAAUUUGGAUUCCUGUGGCUUUUUUAAACACUAAAGCAGGGCUAUACACCGAGCAGACCAUAUAUAGGCUGCUGCAAAUUAAUGUUGACUUCCUCUUAACUGAAAUUUGAGUUGUCCACAUGAACUCCCAUCAUUGCAGUCAAUUUUACUUUUUCCAUUUUAACCAUAGAUAUGUAUUAGGUUGGCACUGACCUAAAGGAGAAUUCAGGUUCUCAUUUAACCAAGAUUUGAAACCAGUAUUUAAAUCCUGGUUAAACAGGAAUCCCAAUAAGCCUUAAUUACUACUAAUAUCAGCGUCAAUGUUAAUUAGUUAAUGCUUAACAACAGGUAAGGUAGAAGGGAGUGCACAAUAUGUGGGUGGCUUCCAAUCUCUUUAUUGCUGGCUCUUGUCACCCUGCACCAGCCCACAGUAAAGGUCUCUUGCCUUUGUAGGGUGGCACAUUUCAUUCUUUGAAAUCAAUGUUACAUCUAGGAGCCAAGCAAAUUAUACAGCUUACUAGUUAUACAAGUUGGUAUAUUUUUCUGUUUUCAGUUCUACUGAAGUAUUUAGUAAUGCUGAUGUUUUGCAGUACACCGCAAAGCUGCAGAAUUCUGAGUUUUUGGCAUGUCUGGGUACAGGAGAAACUCCCUGGCUGAGAUGAAUAUAAGAAAUGCUGCCAGUUGUGUGUGAUUUCUUGUAGAGUAUUGCACUUAGGUACUGCUUAACCAAUGUGCCUGGGUUCUGCCUUAGUUUGGCAGAUGAAAAUUGAUUUUGUAUCUGCAUACAGCUGUUACUGAUUGCAAUCUAAACUUUGGUAUACUUUGUAUAUGAUUCUGGGAUUUUGUGUGAAGACGAAUUUUUAUUGAACAGUCUUUCCAUUCUGAGCGUUUAAAAUACUUCCUCAAUAAAUGUAGUUUUGCUAAUA